AUAUUGUUUGUUGUGUUCAUCGCACUCAUGCCAGAGGCGGCUUCAACUCCACAUCAAAGACAGAUGAGAAGAAGGAAAAGAGUGAAUCCCCAUUUCAAGAACUUUGUGGAGAACACUUCAUUACAUGGGGUGAAAUACAUUUUUGGUGGUAACCAACACUGGAUCAAGCGUGCUUACUGGUGCAUAGUCGUCAUCGGUUUUGUUAUUUCAUUGUUUACAAUAUACACAAUAAAAAUGAAGAAAUGGAAAGAAUCUCCCAUGAAGAUAGAACUGGCAAAUACUCCUCAAAGCAUCUCUACCCUACCUAUUCCUGCUCUAACAAUCUGUGGCCCUAUUAGAAGUACUUCAUUUUAUAUUUUUAGAAAUUUCUUGAAAAAACAUUAUAGUGAUGAGAUAUACAAAAUAGUAGAUAUUUUAGGUAUGUCUGGGGAAGCAUUUGAUGAAAAGUUCUCAUUUUCACAUUCCACUGAAAAAUACACAAAUAAAAGUGAAAAACGGUUUGUUAUAGCUGAUUCAAUUCUCGAACAGUUUUUCCAUGAUGCCUCAAAGCCUGGGAGAUUAUCUAUUGAAUCAGCUUUUGGAAAUAAAUUCUCAAAAAGUUCUACUUUCAUGUUCAGGGGACACUGUCUGACCAGCAACAUGAUUCCACUUUCAAAGAUUUACAGGAAGCAUGUAGUACGUAAUUUUUUACGCAAUGAUUUAAUGGAACGUGACACAAAAAAGGGCGAUUGGGUUACUGAUACAAUCCAUGGAUUUCCAUCAUUUACAGAGAAUCGGACAUCGAGUUCCCCCCUCGUUCUUCAACCAAACAAGUACCCUACCUUGAUGCCACUGAAUCAAUCACUCAUGAGCUAUGAAAUCAAAUAUGAUUAUGAUGACAAACUUAGUUUUGGAGACUAUUUUAUUGGCAGAGACAAUUCACUUCGGUUCACAAUCCACAAUCCUUGGGAAGUUCCGAAUCCAUUUAUGAGAUGGCAUCGUCUCCAUUUAUCAAAAGGCUCUCGCAUUCAUAUAGAACCUGAACAAAUCAUGAAAUAUCCUGUAGAUGAAAACGAUUUUCUGUACAAAGUUCCAUAUACCAAACAAUGCUACAACACAACGGAGAGAACAUUGGACUUUUUUCAAUAUUAUACUCGACAAAACUGUUUAAUGGAGUGCUCUACCAAAAGAGCAUUGAGAGAAUGUGGAUGUGUCCUGUUUUUUAUGCCGCACAACGAAUCAACAUACAUUUGCUCUGAUGAACACAGCUCGUGUGUGUUGGAUGUUGCCAAAGCCACUCAUUACGACACGGGUGAAAGGACAUUUGUAGACUCUUGUGACUGUUUGCCAUCUUGUAACUACACGGACUACAAGGUGCUAUCUUAUGAAUUAUUUCAAAAUAAAGUUAGUGGACCGCCACAAGGGUUGAUUAUUAUGGCAGGGUUGUUGGGAGGAGGGAUUCGUCCAUUCAAGUCUAAAUAUUAUAAUAAACGCGCUAUUGAAAUUGUAUUCAGGGACAUCGUUCUCCAUCCUAAAGUUCGCACUUUCACAUACAAUAACUAUGAGAUGAUGGACUCCACCGUUUUCUACUUGGAUACAUUUCUAGGCAUAAGUAUAAUGACUAUAGCUGAAAUGUUCUACUACAUUUUGUUGUUUGCUAUUGAUUAUCUAAAACGGAAGAUACAGUUGAUGAUUGAUUCACUACAUACUUGAUGAGAACUCAACUUGAAUAAAACAUUUCAAUAAGCCUGCAUGCUUCCAAGAAGGAUGUUCAAAUCACAUCUUAUUCACUCAAUUUGUCGAUUGAUUCAUAAAAAGGCUGAGAAAAACGCUGGAAAAUCGUAGAUUUUGGGUGUAUUUUGGAGAUUUAAAAAAAUACGUUUUUAGUGCGCUUCUAGAAGGCCUAAUUUGAACGUAUUCGGUUCAGUAGAUUUUAAGUUCUGUUGAUUAUGAAUGAGUACGAGUGAAUAAACGAAUCAGAGCUAUUUCGCA